UUUUCAAAUGCAAAUGAGCAGGUUAACAACCCCAGUGUUGCAAUGUUCUAGCCGUAAAUAUGUUUGGAUAACCCAGCAGAGCCAUUUAACCUUUGGGAACAGGGCAACUAGCGUAUGGCAGCAGGAAUCCAACCAGUGCCCUGAGUGCUGAGGCAGAGAGGAGGACAGAAAACGAGAGGCUGGAGAUUGUCAAAUUCAGUAUCCCAGUUGGCUCUUGAUUCUUGGUGAAACCAUCCCUCAGCUCCUAGAGGGAGACUGUUAGAUCAUGAAACUAAUUAUCAUCCUUUUCCUCUGCUCCAGGCUGCUACUAAGUUUAACCCAGGAAUCACAGUCCGAGGAAAUUGACUGCAAUGAUAAGGAUUUAUUUAAAGCUGUGGAUGCUGCUCUGAAGAAAUAUAACAGUCAGAACCAAAGUAACAACCAGUUCGUACUGUACCGCAUAACUGAAGCCACUAAGAUGGUUCGCUCUGACACAUUUUAUUCCUUCAAGUACGAAAUCAAGGAGGGGGAUUGUCCUGUUCAAAGUGGCAAAACCUGGCAGGACUGUGACUACAAGGAUGCUGCAGAAGCGGCCACUGGAGAAUGCACGGCAACCGUGGGGAAGAGGGCGAGUAUGAAAUUCUCUGUGGCUACCCAGACCUGCCAGAUUACUCCAGCCGAGGGCCCUGUGGUGACAGCCCAGUAUAACUGCCUCGGCUGUGUGCAUCCUAUAUCAACGCAGAGCCCAGACCUGGAGCCCAUUCUGAGACACGGCGUUCAGUACUUUAACAACAACACUCAACAUUCCUCCCUCUUCACGCUUAGUGAAGUAAAACGGGCCCAAAGACAGGUGGUGGCUGGAUGGAACUUUCUAAUUACCUACUCAAUCGUGCAAACGAAUUGUUCCAAAGAGAAUUUUCUGUUCUUAACUCCAGACUGCAAGUCCCUUUGGAAUGGUGAUACCGGUGAAUGUACAGAUGAUGCAUACAUCGAUACUCAGCUACGAAUUGCUUCCUUCUCACAGAAGUGUGACAUUUAUCCAGGGGAGGAUUUUGUACAACCACCUUCCAAGAUUUGCGUGGGCUGCCCCAGAGAUAUACCCACCAACAGCCCAGAGCUGGAGGAGACACUGACUCACACCAUCACAAAGCUUAAUGCGGAGAAUAACGCAACUUUCUAUUUCAAGAUUGACAAUGUGAAAAAAGCAAGAGUACAGGUGGUGGCUGGCAAGAAAUAUUUUAUUGACUUUGUGGCCAGGGAAACCACAUGUUCCAAGGAAAGUAAUGAAGAGUUGACCGAAAGCUGUGAGACCAAAAAACUUGGUCAAAGCCUAGAUUGCAAUGCUGAAGUUUAUGUGGUGCCCUGGGAGAAAAAAAUUUACCCUACUGUCAACUGUCAACCGCUGGGAAUGAUCUCAUUGAUGAAAAGGCCUCCAGGUUUUUCACCUUUCCGAUCAACACAAGUAGGGAAAAUAAAAGAAGAAACAACUGUAAGUCCACCCCACACUUCCAUGGUACCUGCACAAGAUGAAGAGCAGGAGUCAGGAAAAGAACAAGGGUGUACUCAUAGACAUGACUGGGGCCAUGAAAAACAAAGAAAAUAUAAUCUCGGCCAUGGCCAUAAACAUGAACGUGACCAAGGGCAUGGGCAUCAAAGGGGACAUGGCCUCGGCCGGGGACACCAACAACAGCAUGGUCUUGGUCAUGGACAUAAGUUCAAACUUGAUGAUGAUCUUGAACACCAAGGGGGCCAUGUCCUUGACCAUGGACAUAAGCAUAAGCGUGGUCAUGGCCAUGGAAAACAUAAAAAUAAAGGCAAAAAGAAUGGAAAGCACAAUGGUUGGAAAACAGAGCAUUUGGCAAGCUCUUCUGAAGACAGUACCACACCUUCUGCACAGAUACAAGAGAAGACAGAAGGGCCAACACCCAUCCCUUCCCUAGCCCAGCCAGGUGUAGCAGAUACUUUUCCUGACUUUCAGGACUCUGAUCUCAUUGUAACUGUGAUGUCUCCUAUACCACCAACUCCCACAGAGAGUGAUGACGAUUGGAUCCCUGACAUCCAAAUAGAACCAAAUGGGCUUUCAUUUAACCCGAUAUCAGAUUUUCCAGACACAACCUCCCCCAAAUGUCCUGGACGCCCCUGGAAGUCAGUUAGUGAAAAUAACCCAACCACAAAAAUGAAAGAAUCUUAUGAUUUCAAUCUUGCUGAUGCCCUUUAUUAAUGUAUGCAGCUAUGGGUAUUUCUUUAAUACUUUAUUAAAGUAUCAAUAUCCCUCUCUCCAUUGUCCAAAUGAAAAUAUCCUGAUAUAAUGCACCAAAAACUGUGCAGUUUCAGAACAAUCUAAAGAGAAGUGGUGAGACUCUCGGUGAAGACACCAUCAGUCUCUGUGGACUGCAUAAAAUUGUGUGCCACAAUUCUGAAUCUUUUCUGAAUCUUCUCCCCAAGUUUUCUAAACUAGCACAGUAAAUGAACAAACUAAUGUGCCUUAUGGCCUGCUGCAGUUGGCUUCUCUGAUAACAAUUAUGUACCUUGCAACAUAUGUCAUGAAUUUUCAUACAAAGAUUCUUGACAUUCUUAAUAAACUGUGGCACCUGGUCUUUGAAUGU